AUGCCAGGCUCCUCACCGCUCUCCUCCAACCCACCGAGCCUCACCUCAGGCCCAACCAUACCCACCUCCCCCACCGCAGAGCAGCCGCCCACACCGACAGACCUCACACCAAAGCCACAACCCCUCCACCAGCACCCCACCACCCGCAGCAACAGCUCCACCCCCCUCACCUUCGACCCCGCCUCACCCGCCGACCGCGAGCUCGCGCGCGCCGCCGGCAUGCGCAUCGACACGCCGACGCCCUACCCGCGCCUCCUCCUCGAACCGCACCUCACCAUCGAGCUGGACCACCGGCGCUUCGCGCACAACCCCGCGCUGCUCGACCGCGCCGCCGCCGCGCUGCUCGCCCGCCACGGCGGCAGCAAGCUCCUCAUCCGCACGACGAACGGGCCCGACGACGCCGACACCAACGACCCGGACGCGCAGCGCUGGGCCACGCGCCGCCGCCAAGCCCGCACACACCGCGCCGCCCACCCCAUCAGCGUCGCCAGCACGCGCGGCGCCUUCGCCGCCUCCAUCGGGCAGCUGCCGCGGCAGCGGCAGCAGCAGCAGCAGCAGCAGCAGCGGGCGGUCUCGCUCCCGGCCGGGUACCUCGCGACGGAAGACCGCGCGCUGUCCGCGACGGAAGCCGCGGCCUUGCAGCAGCUGGACGAGGGGCAGAUCGUCCGCGCGGGCGACCGAGGACGACGACUGUGCCUCCCGCUCUUCGUGUAUGGUCACUGGAUGUUUCCUACGCAGAUGGCGGGCGCUGUGCUUGCUGGUGGCGGCGCCGGGCGUGGUGAGCAGCCUGCCCCCGAGGUCAUCGAGCAGUGGACGCAGCGCAUGCUGCCGGCGUCGCUGCUGAACGAUGACGACGACGGCGGCGGCGGUGGUGGUGGUGGUGGGUGGCACCGCUACUGCAUGCGCGGCGCGUCUCCGACGGCGGCGCUGCUGGAGCGGAACGACGUGCGGCUGCGGUACUACCUGCGCGACGUCGGAGAUCAUCCGCCGCCCGUGGUGGAGGGGCGGCUGGUGCUGGGGAUGUCCGCGGAAGAGUGGGAGUGCUUGGAUAGAUUCCUACAAGUGGCGCAGGACGGCGACGGCGAGGGGGAGGGCGGGCAGCAGCCGUCCAGGAUGUGGGGGAAGAGGGAGGUGCAGGUCAGCGUGAGGGUGGCGCAGGAGGGCCAGGGUCUGGCAGGGACGACGACGACGACGACGACGACGACGACGACGCGGUUGAGGGCCGUGGCGUACGUGUGGGAGGGCAACCCGAUGGAGUUGCAUAUCUUCAAGAUGGAUAAGGUGUGGACGCCUGAACUGUACGUCGAGUGGCAUGGCAGGAUGCGGAAGGAGAUGGCGGCGGCGGCGGUCAGUGCUGAGGGUGACAGCGUGGUGUGA